GACAAAACGCAAGAAAGGAAAACAUUUUGCAUCUGAAAGUCGACUUUUCGUGCCGCAACAUAAACAGUGGACAGUUUUUGGAAUAAUUCGCUGCAAUUUUAAGCGCAAUUUAUGAAAUAAGGCACUUUUGUUGUUCGCUUAGCUUGAGAAACAGCGUUUUUUGAUUUGCAAGGGAGGAGUGCGCAAAAAAAAAAUCGCAUAAACAAUCAUGGCCGAACCAUCGAAGGAACAGCAGCAGCAGCAGCAAUUGUCUCCGGUGCUCGGUUCCGGCGAGAGUAAACCGCGCUGCGACGGGUCGGAACGGGAGGCCGGAUUCCUGUGCGGCGUGGUCGAAGGAUUCUACGGGCGGCCGUGGACGACGGAACAGCGCAAGGACCUGUUCCGGAAGAUGAAGCAAUGGGGCAUGGACUCGUACAUUUACGCCCCGAAGGAUGACUACAAACACCGAGCUUACUGGCGGGAGCUGUACACCGUCGAGGAGGCGGACCAUUUGACGGGGCUGAUUAGUGCGGCCCACGAGCAGAAUAUUAAUUUUUAUUACGCGCUUUCGCCGGGGUUGGACAUCACGUACAGUAGCAGUAAGGAGCUGGCCACUUUGAAGCGAAAGUUGGACCAGGUGUCACAGUUUGGGUGCAAAGCGUUCGCGUUGCUGUUUGAUGACAUCGAGCCGGAAAUGAGCAAACCGGACAAGGAAGUGUUCCAGAGCUUUGCGUACGCGCAGGUGUCGGUGACGAACGAGAUUUAUAACCAUUUGAAUUGUCCCCGGUUUCUGUUCUGUCCGACGCAGUACUGCAGUUCAAGAGCGGUGCCCACGGUGAAGCAGUCGGAAUAUCUCAACACGCUGGGAAGUAAGCUUAUCGGCAACAUUGACAUUCUGUGGACCGGCGAGAAGGUCAUUUCCAAGCUGCUUACGGUCGAGUGCAUUCAGGAGAUUACGGAAGUGCUCAAACGACCGCCCGUCAUUUGGGACAAUCUGCACGCGAACGAUUACGACCAGAAGCGUGUCUUCUUGGGCCCGUACUCGGGCCGCUCGCCGGAGAUUAUUCCGCUGCUGCGCGGAGUGGUCACCAACCCGAACUGUGAGUUUCACGCCAAUUCCAUCGCCAUUCAGACGCUUGCCUUCUGGAGCAAGUGCAGCUCAGACACGAAGAUCAGUUCGUCCGUGUCGUCGGAUAUUAAGCUGGAAACGGAGAACGAGGACGGAAUUUGCCAGGAGGAUGCGCCAGCCUUUUUGUCGCAGAAUGUGUACCACCCACGGCUGGCGCUUAAAAAUGCCAUCGCAAACUGGUUGCCGGAGUUUUAUCAAGAAAAGGAAGCGUGGGGACCGAUCAGCAAACCGCAACCGGCUGUAACUAUGGUGAUGCCCAUCAUUCCAAUCAUUCCAUCGGUCAACACGUGCAUGACGCUGACGAGCACCAGCACGACGACGACGACCACCGCGAACCCGAUGCCCGUGCCCGAGGUCAACACGACGCAGCUGCAGCUUUUCGCGGACGUUUGCAGCACCGUAACGAGCGCCCCGGAAAGCGUGCCCGCGCCGAUCAUGAACUCGCUCGUGUCCGCCACCAAGGUGGUCACCAACGAAUCACUGCCAAAUCCGGUGACCGCCGCCGUGACGAACCUUGCCAUCCCGACGACCAUCCCCAUCUCGAGCAUUCCCGGCCCGAUCAUGAGCAUUAAGACGACGGAUGCGUCAAUCGACGACUGCAGCGGCGAGGACAAAGGCAACAUGAGCGAACCGUUGGAGGACGACGCCGUGAUUGAGAACGACCUGGAGCAGCAGCAGCUCGACGAGUCGACGGAGAAGCGAAAGUCGUUGGAAAUUCCGCUGCUCGUAGACGAGGAACUCAAGACCGACGAGGAGGUGCAAGCCAAGGUUGAUCUGGACGAAAACGAGGUGAAAAUGGUCGACGCGAGCGAAGAGAACAUGACCGUGAACGAUGAGGUGGUGAUCAAUCAGGUUAAAAUCAACAUUGAGGAGGACGACGGCGGCGUGAAGACGGUAGAACCGAUGGAGUGCGGAAGCAGUCUGACGUCGCCGAAGCACGUGAUGAAGACCCACUUUGACGACGUGAUGAUGUCGGAGACGACAUCGACCUGUUCGGGAAGCAUGCAGGUUGAGAGUUCGGACACGUCGUUGGUAUCGAACGCAGAGAUGGUAGAGUUCAAGAACGCCCACGAAAAGGAACUGACGUGCGCCGACAUCAUGCUGCUGUGCGACUUGUUCUAUCUACCGUUCGAGCACGGCAGCAAGGCGCUCCAGCUGUUGGCCGAGUUCCACUGGCUCAAGAUAAACGCCCAGGUGCUGUGCAAAAACCGGUCACGCAAGCCAAGCCUGGCGACAACUCCGACUGCGGGGGAUUCGAAGAGUGCAGCCAGUGACGGUCACCACUUGAACAACGGAACGACGUCCGGUGAAUCUAGCACCACCACCAAGGAUGGCUGCAACAAGAGCGAGGUGCAGGAAUGGAUUCGCCGGUCGGAGACGUUCGAGAAUCUUUGCCAGACGAUUUUCCGAGUGACACGCAAGAUUGCCCGCUGUCCGAACAAGGAGCUGUGCUACGAUCUGUUUUCGUACGUGUGGGACAUUGCGGCCGUGCUGUCGAUGCUGAGCGCCUACGUCAAGUGGCUCGCAAUGGGGAACUUUCCGGCCAACAUUAAUUCUUACACCCAGGGCGGUUACACCUGGUUCAGCAAAGGUUGGAAGGAAACCUUCACUUCCGGUGAUCAGGAGCCGUGGGUAUUUCGGGGUGGUUUGGUGGCAGACCUGCAGCGACUUAUCCCGCUGGACGUCGGAAACGAUUUGUUCCUGUACAAACUGCCGGAAACGUCCGCGGUCAACCUUUACACGAUGCGACCCUACGUUUACACCGACGAGACGAUCCUGCUGGACGUUUGCAACCGGACGGCGAAUGACGGUGAACCAUUCAACCUCGGUUCGGACACUUUGAAGAGCGUACUAGCCGAUCGAUACCUGGGACCGUUCCUGACAAUCGCCCCGCAGCUCUGCAUCGUGGCGGAGAACAACAGUUCCGAAGUUGUCGGAUACGCGUGUGCCGCAACAGACACCAAGACCUUCCUACGCAACAUAGAACAGUGCUGGAUCCCGGAAAUGUGUCUCAAGUAUCCACUGUCCAUAGUGGAAAACGGAGCCCCAUCACAAGAACCAGCCAGCUCACCAACCGGCACCACCGCCCAAGCGAACAAGCUCGCUCGUGAUUGUAUUCUGUAUUUCCAUAACUUUAAGAACGAUUAUCCUGCCGUGGUCCUUAACACCCACCCGUCGAUUCUGUCCACCCGCAUCCUCAAACCCCAUCUGCUGGAAGACGAAGCGCUAGGCAAACGUCUCGUUACUGUCCUGCUGGCAAUGCUACGCUCAAACGGAUCUUCCAGCGGUGUUCACGUGUGCAUCGAGCAAACCGACCAGUUCAUGUAUCAAUUCUACAGCAAGCUGGGCUUCGUCGAGCUGUACCGGGAGGACGGCGGCGACUCUGUGGUCUACUUGGGCCGGAACUUUUGAUAGUGCACGCCGAACCCGCAAUCUCAAAACUCUCGCAAUGUUGACGACGAUGACGCGCCAUCCGGAUGAUUUUUUUUUCUAGAUUUAGGAAGCACAUUGAAGAUUCGUGCAGGCGAGCUAGCUUGGCAUUUACACAGAAGCAAGUUCGUUUGGCCAGCCAGUACUUCUAAUACUGCGUUUUAUAAGUUCUUUUUUUUUUACUGUAUUCCCGUAACUGUGUGCAUGCGCAAAUCUACAUUUAGUGUCGGAAAAGCUUUCAGAACAUGCUUAAUAAAGACCGAUCAGUUAUUUAUCCGAAAAAAA